CCUAAUUUCUUAUCCAUGUGAGGCUCUCAAACUUCUUUCAUUGUGCUCUGUUCUGCUCACUUCCAUGGCUUCUCAAUCUCAGGCUGCAGCAGAUGGCAAGCUGGUGCUUUCAACCUCCCCAAAGAGCGACCACGGCGUCGCCAAAGGCCACUGCCUCUGCUCUCCGACCACCCACGAAGGCUCCUUCCGAUGUCGUUUUCACCGCUUGUCCUCGUCGUCGUCUUCCUCUUCAACCCCUUGGAUCAAACGCUCCAAUUCCAUGCCUGCUCACGACAAGCACGCCCUUCCUGUAUCUCCUCCUUCUUCAGCAACUUAACCAACCUCCUCUUCUUCUUCUUCUUGUUGCUCUUCUGGAUUUUCAUCGCUUCUCUCUGUUAUUAUUAUCACUGUGGUAGAAAGAAAUUAAGCUUUGAGAUUCUUGCUUUCUGAUCUUCACUUCCUACUUGUAUCUAUCUAUCUGUUAUGUAAAUCUAUGUUGUGUGUUCUGCUUCA